GGGCCUGGAGCGGAGCCGGAGCGCACGCGUUCGUCCGAGCGCGCUGCCGCUAGUCGGCCGCUCCCUGCGCCGGGCGCGGGGCGAGGACUCCCUCCCUUCUGUGAAUCUUCAGGCAGCGCCUCCUCCCCUCUCCAGGCAGACACUUAAUGGGCAAGAUGGCAGCGGAUGAAGGCUCGCAGGACACCUUGCGGCUCCAGUUCAAGGCCAUGCAGGAGAUGCAGCACAGAAGGUUACAGAAGCAGAUGGAGAAACGGAAGGAAAAGGAACUGAGCCUCAAAAGCAAAGCUGAUGACCAAAAAGAGUCCUUGGAGAUCUCCGAUGGCCUCAGCCUCCUCCAAGCCAGGGAGCAAAACUCGAAAAACAGCUUCGAGCUGAGGGUGCUUGAAGAUGAGAUUGAACAGCUUCGAGAGCAGCUCAGAGAAACAGUGGAUGAGAACGGGCGAUUGUAUAAGCUGCUGAAGGAAAGGGACUUUGAAAUCCAACACCUCAAGAAGAAAAUAGAAGAGGACAGAUUUGCGUUCACAGGGACAGCAGGUGUGGCUGGGGAUGUGAUUGCCACCAGAAUUGUCGAGCUAUCCAAAAAGAACCGGGUGCUGAUGGCAGAGUCAGAGGGUGCAAAAACCAGAGUGAAGCAGCUCAGCAAUCGCAUCCAGGAGCUGGAGCGGGAACUGCAGACGGCCCUGGCCAGGCUGCCAGCCAAGGGGGCCACUGAUGCAGGAGCCAAGCCGCCGAGGGCCCAGAUGGGAGACAGAGCCUUGCCGGAGACCCCAGAGGUGAAGGUCUUGCAGGACAGGCUGGCAGCCACAAACCUGAAGAUGAGUGACCUCCGCAACCAGAUCCAGUCUGUGAAGCAAGAGCUCCGGAUGGCCCAGAAGGUUUUGGCCAACGAGGUUGGGGAAGAUGUGAACGUCCAGCAGCUCCUGUCCUCACCAGGGACCUGGAGGGGUCGGGCUCAACAAAUCCUCGUUUUGCAGAGCAAGGUUCGAGAGCUUGAGAAACAAGUGGGACAGACCCAGAGCCGGUCUGUGGGAAUAGCCAGCGACGAGAGAUCUGUCUAUCCAGACCCAAGGAAGCUGUCGGCACAGGAGAAAAACCUGCUCAGGAUCCGCAACUUGGAAAGGGAAAAACAGGAAAGCUGGGAGAAACUUGUGGGUGAGCGGGAUGCCCUCCAGAGAGAGCUUGAAGAGCUGAAAAAAAAGUUUGAGGGCAUGAGGUCCCGGAACAAGGUGCUGUCAAGCGAAGUGAAGACCCUCAAGAGUCAAAUGGGGACCCUCGUGGAGAAGGGCAGGCAUGAUGAUGAGCUCAUCGACGCCCUCAUGGACCAGCUGAAGCAGCUACAGGAGAUUCUGGGCAGCCUGAGUCUGCAGGAGGAAAAGACACGAGCAUCCCAGCACCACCUAGACCAGCAGCUCAACAACGAGGCACAGCAGAGCAGUAGCCUCGUCGCCCAGCUGCAGGCCAUGGUGGCUGAGCGGGAGGCCAAGGUGCAGCAGCUGGAGCUGGAGAUCAGGCAACUCAGCGUGCGGUAUCUUCGGAAUAGAGAAGUAGGCGAGGGGUCCAGGGGGCCCGAGGUCAGCCCCGCCUCCACCAAAUUCCCGGAGGACCCGGGCCUGACCAAGUCCCCGGCAUCAGCAGGCGAUCAUGUUGGCAGGCUUGGAUCUUCUCGCUCCGUGACCAGCCUGGGCCACACACUGGUGGAAUCUGCUCUCACGUGGCCUUCCCUGCCCAGUCCUCAUGGGGCCUCACCCAGGUUCUCGGACUCCCCAGAACAAAAAGGCUGGCAGGCACAGGUGACAGAGUUCAAGGCCCUCUGGCAGGCUGCUGAGGUGGAGCGCGACCGGCUCACCGAGUUUGUCACUGUCCUGCAGAAACGGGUGGAGGAGAGCAACAGCAAGCUCCUGGAGUCAGAGAGGAAGCUGCAGGAGGAGCGGCAACGCACCGUGGUGCUGGAGCAGCAUCUGGAGAAGAUGCGCCUGGAGCCUGAGAGGACGUCAGCCUCUCAGAAAACAGCCCCCAGGAGCAAAACAGGUCUGCCUGCCUCUAACACCAGGCACAACCCGAACAGGAGCGAGAGGAAGGACCCAGCCUUCGCCCAGCUCUCCAGUGUGCCCAUGGAGUCCCAGCUGGAGGAGCUUACCACCAGGCUGGCCAUCCAAGUAGAGGAGAAUGAAAUGCUGAAGGCUGCCCUGGGCAGUGCCCUGCGGGGAAAAGAGGAGGACUUCCGUAUGUACCAUGAGACCCUGGGCCAGGUGAAAGGGGUCUUCCUGCAGGCCCUGCGGCAGCAGAAGGCAGACAAGCGCUAGGAUGGCGGCCCAGUGUCAGCCUGGCCAGACCAGACAGGACCGCCUCAGGCCUUGAGAGGAUGAGGCUCUGUCUGAGGACUCCAGCCACCAGCUCAGCCCCUUCUCCCAGAAGAGGAUCUCCAAAGGUGACCAAAGCCAGCAUCUCAGGCCAGCAGGGCAAAGGAGAAGCCCUGCUGGAGCCCUAGAGGAGAGCCUGGGCAGGCCUGGCGAUGGCAGGGGAGGGCCCAGCAGCCCAGUCGGCUUCAGCGAGAGCUCUAGGACAGAAAGCCAGCUGUGAACGGACAGAUGCAGUCCCUUGAGCAGGUGCUCAUCACCCUUGUCCUGGGGACUAGCUGGGGGCUGCUGCAUGCCCACAUGGCUCCACGUGCACAGGAGAGCCCUCCGUGUUCCAGGCUGGGAGCAUGCCCCAGGCCACCCCACCCCACCUACCUCAGCAGAGCAUCCCCACAUCCCCUCCCCACUCCCUGGCUCCGUCUGUGGCCAUCCCCACCCUCCGCAGACUUGGAGGCACCUCAUUCCCAGACACCUUGUUGGCCCACUCCUCUAGGCCCUUCCUUACAUACAGACCCUCAGACUUGUAAUAAUAAUGAUUAUUUUCAUAAUCACCACAGCUCCCAGUGAGUGAGCAUCUGCUGUGGAAAGCUGACCCCAUCUAGUCCUCUAGCAAGCCGGGGGAUUGUCACCCUAUCUUACAGAUGGAGAAACUGAGGCUCCCAGAAAGAUGCGGGGCUAAUAUUUAACCCUAGCCUGUCUGACGCCAAAAGCCAGGGUCCUCCAGUUGAGCAGAUUACCCAGGGCCGGCAUGCCCACCUCACGGCUGGGCAGCUCUGACCCCAGCUAGCUGCUCCAAGAGGCACCUCCUUUUGCUUCCAAAAGGUGGCAGCUGGUGAGUGCUGCUGGUGGAGGGCAGGGAUGGGGGUAGGCUGCAGCUUUGGGCAGCGUGAUUUCGAGGCCGUGAGUCCAGGCGAAGCACAGUGCACUUCCCUCACCGCAGCCCAGGGAUGAGGGAAGAGGGCUGCUGGAGAGCCCCCAGGCGCGUCUGUGACUGUCGCAGUGUCACCCCUCUUGAUUGCAGCUUCUGCCCGGGGGAGGGGUGGCUCCAAGGAGAGUCACUCAGCUAAACACCCCGACCCCAAACACCUGCCCACACUUGUGCAUACACAGUCCCACACAAAAACGCAGUUGCACACAAAUACCUCGACUCAGGAGCAUGCAACCAUACACAUACACACAUGCACCCACAGACAGUGCAGACUCCACACGCACAGGCAUGUGCGCACAUGUGCACGUGGGUGGAUGUAGACGCACAUUCCCACACAUGAAGACCAGUCACUUGUGUCCCUUGUGCAGUGACUCACAAAUGCAAUGCACAUGCUGUGAAAACACCCCUUCCCCGGAGGAAGCCACCUGGGCCUUCUGGACCCUGUCUGCUCAAGCCCUUCCUCAGGGAUUGGGCUGUGGAGGGACUCCAUGCUGGACCCCCAUUCAGGGAGCCCCCAACCCUGCAUGGGGCGACAGGUCUAGAGAUCCCCCCGCAAGGUGUAGCGACAACCAUCAGGAUGAAGUAGUGAUUCUGAUGGUGUCCUGAGGGUCCCCAGGAAGGAGUCUCUGAUCCCUUGUGAAGGGAAAUGGCCAAGCAGAGCCCGAGAGAGUGAGAGGCCUGUGCUGGGAGGGGACAGUGUGUGACAGGAGUGGCAAACAGAGUCAGCACCUUCUCCUGCAGGCGCUGGGGGCCCCAGGGGGUGAUCUGAGUAUGUGGGGGUGCAGGCUCCAGCCCUCAGUAGAGUCCCUGGGAUGGAGAAACAGGUACAGGACCAGCCAUCCUUCCUCAGGGAUGGACCAAGCGGCAGGGGACACCUCAGGAAGUGCAGGGUGGCAUGACCCACACCCCGACCACUUAAGGGUGGUUUUGCUUCCCUUCCUGGCUCAGGGCUGGGUCUGAGAAAGGGAAGGGCCUCAGGUCACGGGGUCUGAACGGGGGGGGUGCCCGGGGCAGAUCUCCUUUCCCACUCACCAACUGUGUGACCUUGAGCACGUUACUUAACCUCCCUGAGCCUCCAUGUCCUCAUCUGUAAAAUGGGGACAAUAAUGGAACCCUCCCUCAAGGGCUGUUGUAGGUGUCAAAGAAUAACUCAAAGACAUUUAGCUGAUUAUUCGCUUGCUGUUUACUUCUGUACAAGGGAAGAUUGAUUUCAUUCUAUGAUAAAAACAGGGUUUAAAUAAGAGCGGGAGGGAAGGAAGACCACAGUCAGGCAUGGGAAAUCUUAUUUGCACACUUUUGGGUAAACUGAUUAGCUGGCAUCUUGCAGAGGUCAGUCUGGGCACUCAGUCCUUGCUUAGGCCAACUAUGGGUAUGAAGACAACUGUUUCAAUUUACAGAUUCUACGGGCAACUUUGAGAGCUUUGCUGUGGAGCUGUGUGCCAGGGGUCCCUGUCCCGGCUGCUGGGACCUGCCCUCAGCAGGCCCCGCUUAGUCAGACCAGGUCUGCUCCAUUCCCCAUCAGAAUCCCUCUUCAGGAGUCACUGUGUUAAGUGCCAAGUGCUAGAGCAGUGGCUGGCACACAGUAAGUACUCAAUAAAUGUUAGCCUUUAGUAUUACCUCUAUUGGUUUAACAAAUAUUUGUGAGCAGCUCCUCUCCCCCAGGCACAGGGAUGCUGGGUGAGCCAGACAUAGUCCCUGAUUUCCAGGAAGCCCCAGGCCAGCUGGGGAGACAGGCUCACAGGCCACCAUCCCCUCAGCCAGCUGUCCCCUGGCAGUCAGUGAGUGCCGCCUGCACAACAGCCUCUUCAGGCCUGUGAGGGGGCCCGGAGGUGAAUCGGACUCACUGCUGCUUUCAGGGAGCUGCUGGUCCAGUCAGAGAGGCAUGGGAAAAAGAGGGCCAUGAUGGGGUGGGAGGAUACAGGGUGGUGGGGGGAUGCAGAGACAGAAUGUGGCACCUCAGAGCCUCCCACCUUCCCUGCUGUGGCUCCCAGGCUCAUUGCCCAGGUCUGGGUGGGGAGGGGCUGUCCUUCCUAUCUCCCUGAGGUGUGGGAGGGGGAAGGUAGAAGGGGGAGGCCCAGGAGAGCCUGGGAGCAGGAUUUUUAAGGGAACGAGAGGUUGUCAAAGGGGCCAAGGACUGGGGCCCUGAAGGAUCUAGCCCAGGUGGGCUAGGCAGGGAGUGGGGCAGCCUGGCUGCCCAGGUUAGUGCCCAUGGCCCCUCCUGAACAGCACUACCUGUCCCUGGGCCCCUGAGGAUGACCUCCCCAGCCCUCAGGCAGGUGAUCUGGCCUUGCCUUUCACAGAGAACACCAAGGUCCCUGCCCAGAGCCACAAGGUGGUGGUGUUGGGAGGGGGAGACAGGGCCUGGAGGGCAGAGGGGCAAGGACGAGAGGCUGGGUGGUGGAGAGGCCUCACAGGAAGGCUCCCCUGGCUGCACCCCAGGCGGGUGCUGCAGGCCUGAGCGCUCAGAUUUCAGCACUGACAGGUGAGACCUGGUUGAGCCAUGGGUGUGGCUUGGCCAUUGUCCCUGUGGGAGCCUUUGGGGCACCACACUUGAGCUGGGCAUGGCUGCAGCCUGGUUCAGGCUGAUUUGAGCCCCAAACACAAUCUAUUGCCAUUGGGCCCCUCCCAUGCCCCCAGGAGCCCAGGGCAGGGUGGCCUGCAGCGAGGGUCCUCCUCUGGGCCCACACAAGUGGUGGCCAGAACCAGCCUCUCCUCCCCAGUGAGCCCACAGCCACCCCACAAGGAAGUCUCUGCCUGCCCACCUGCUCUCCAUACACACUGUCACACCUGCAGUCCUUGCAUAUGCACACAAACACAAUACACACAUCACACACACAUAUAUACAACACAUGUAAAUGUAAUGCAUGCAGCAUACAUAUACCAUAAACAACAUACAACACAAAACAUAUACACACAGACCCCACACACAACCAACACAAAACACAAUUAUACACACACAGGAUACUUUCCCCACGUUUUUACUUUGAGCAACCAAAAAAACCUGAGAGAUGAAAAGGGACUCUGAGACUUGAGAGAAUUGACCCCCCUACCUGACGCAUCUUUCCCAGUGGCCCUUGUACUGGUCUUAGCCCAGUCAGCAUCCUGCCCUUCGUUUUGUGGGCUGGCCACGCCGGGUGCCCCACCCCGCACACAAAGUGGAGCUGCCCUUGGGCUGCUCAGCCCUUGGUCCAAGGGCCUCCCUAGCCCUCAUCCCUCCUACCAUCCCCAUGGGGCAAGCUCCCUACAGCCCCUGCUGCAUGGGGGUCACCCAGGGAACAUCUCUUCCUGCUGUGUGUGAGUCCUGCCUCUCUGGGCCUCUGGAGUGAGGUUGUCUCUGCCUCUCUAACAGCCUCUCUAUGAGCAAUUCAGUGAGCAAGGUCCUUGUCAUGGAGUGAGUCGUCGAAUCCCCCCAAGAACCCAAAGAGGUCAGGGCUGGCAGUGUGCCCAUUUAGAAAUGAGGGUCUGAGGCUCAGAGAAGUGAAUCACACCAGCGAGGCAGAGCUCAGGCUCAAGUCAGUUGGCUGAACCUGUGCUCUUAACCAUGGAACCAAAGCACCCCUUCAGCUUCCCUGGGCCAUUCUCUUCAGGAGGGCGCCAACUGGAUGGCCGGCCCAGGCUCGUGUCGGCCUGCACCAGGUGUGGUUGGGCUGAGUUCUCGCCCCUGCAGGGCGAUCAGCUUAUGGGGCUGACCCAACUACUUAACCUCCCUGUGCGUCAGUUUCCUUUUCUAUCAAUUGGGGAUAAUGGUAAAACCUUCCCUCUGUAUUGUGGUGACAUUAAAGAGUUAACCAUUCUACAGUAGUCCCCUCUUAUCUAUGAUUUCGCUUUCUGAGAUUUUCCACAGUCAACCAUGGUCUGAAAAUACUAACUGGAAAAUUCCAGAAAUAAACAAUACGUAAGUUUUCAAUUGCC